GUUUUUCGCAUUUCCUGCACCACAGACGCAGGCAGAGAGAGAGGAGUGUCGGAGGAGGGGAGGCAGCCAGAGGUAUGUCCACGGGAAGUUGAGCUCAAGUGGAUGAAACCAGGCCGUGCACCGAGCAGCAGGAGCCCCGUUUUUUCCUCUCUCCACCCACCGCCCCUCCUCUCCUGCGGCUGUCUGGACGCAGCGGUCCGGCUCGAACAUCCCCACGAUGCGCCGCGGCGGCAUCUGGAGCCUCCCAACCCCGAGCACGGCGCAAUGCAACGCUUCCAGGGAGCCCGCCGACACGGCUAACGGACUUUUCUAAAACCUCGGAGGUGGAAAGAGCCAUGACGGACACAUCUGGGGCCUUUGCUCGGCUGUUUUUCGCCAAGUUCGUAGCGGUUUCUUCCCGUGCGCUCCUGGAGGAGGCUUCCCGGGGCUAACGGUCGCCGCUGCUGCAGCUGCCGAGCUUCACUUUCUGGAUUCAAUCUGUAGCGUUUUUCUACCAGCGGACGAAGGGAAAUAAAGAAAUUCAGCCCCAGGAAAAGGCUGCAGAGGUGCCGAGGACCGCGCUCCCUCCGCGUUCGGAGGACCACCGGUUGAACGGAGGAGUUGGAUGAAGAAGGUGUUUCUUCAGGAGGCAACAUCAGCGCGUUUCUCCAACAUGGUGGUGUUCAACGGGCAGCUGAAGAUCAAGAUCUGCGAGGCUCUGAACCUGAAGCCCACCGCCUGGUCCCUGCGUCACGCCGUCGGUCCCAAGACGCAGACCUUCCUCCUGGACACGUACAUCGCCCUGAACGUGGACGACUCGCGCGUGGGCCAGACCUCCACCAAGCAGAAGACCAACAGCCCGGCGUGGAACGACGAGUUCACCACGGAGGUCCACGACGGCUGCAGGAUCGAGCUGUCCGUCUUCCACGACGCGCCCAUCGGCUACGACGACUUCGUGGCCAACUGCAUCAUCCAGUUCGAGGACAUCCUGCACAACGGCAGCAAGCACUUCGAGGACUGGAUUGAUCUGGAGCCGGAGGGGAAAGUGUAUGUUGUUAUCGACCUAUCAGGAUCUUCCAGCGAAGCGGCUGCAAGCUCUACCGAGAAUGAAGAGCGGGUGUUUCGGCAGCGGAUGCGUCCCAGGAAGCGUCAGGGCGCCGUCCGUCGGAGGGUCCACCAGGUCAACGGACACAAGUUCAUGGCCACAUACCUGAGACAGCCGACCUACUGCUCCCACUGCAGGGACUUCAUCUGGGGUGUUUUAGGGAAGCAGGGUUACCAAUGUCAAGUGUGCACCUGUGUGGUCCACAAACGCUGCCAUGAGCUGAUUAUCACUAAAUGUGCAGGAAUGAAGAAGCAGGACGACACAGUCGGGGAGCAAGUCGGCUCUCAGAGGUUCAGCGUCAACGUCCCGCACAAGUUCAGCAUCCACAACUUCAAAGUUCUCACCUUCUGCGACCACUGUGGGUCUCUGCUGUGGGGUCUGCUGCGACAGGGACUCCAGUGUAAAGUGUGUAAAGUAAACGUCCACCGGCGCUGUGAGAGUAACGUAGCUCCGAACUGUGGCGUCGACGCCCGAGGAAUCGCAAAAGUCCUCUCCGACCUUGGAGUCACACCGGACAAGAUCUCCAACAGCGCCCAGAGACGGAAAAAGCUUCCUCAGCCUCAGGAUCCUCAGCAGCCGUUAUCAGGGAUUCCUCAGACGGAGGACGAUCGCUCAAAGUCGGCCCCGACGUCCCCGUGUGAUCAGGACGUGAAAGAGCUGGAGAACAUCCGGAAGGCUCUGUCGUUCGACCACCGCGGUGAGGAGCACAAAACACACCCGCUGUCUUCCCCCUCAUCCGUUGCCACGGUAACGAGCGACACCCACACAGGAGGCGGCGGCAGCGAUGGGAAGAGCGUCGGCGUGAAGGCCGAAGGAGGCCAGGCGAACGGAGAGGUGAAAAGUCAGAGCGUCCCAGAGGCCAAGAGGAUGAACCUGCACGACUUCCUGUUCAUCAAAGUUCUGGGGAAAGGAAGCUUUGGAAAGGUGAUGCUGGCGGAGCUGAAAGGCACCGACGAGGUUUACGCCGUCAAGGUCCUGAAGAAGGAUGUGAUCCUGCAGGACGACGACGUGGACUGCACCCUGACCGAGAAACGGAUCCUCGCUCUGGCCCGGAGACAUCCCUACCUGACGCAGCUCUUCUGCUGCUUCCAGACUAAAGACCGCUUGUUCUUUGUGAUGGAGUACGUUAACGGAGGCGACCUAAUGUUCCAGAUUCAGCGAUCGAGGAAGUUCGACGAGGCGCGAUCUCGUUUUUACGCCGCUGAGGUCACAUCCGCUCUGAUGUUCCUACAUCGGAACGGAGUCAUUUACAGAGACCUGAAGCUGGACAACAUAUUACUGGACGCAGAGGGUCACUGUAAAUUGGCCGACUUCGGGAUGUGCAAGGAGGGAAUCCUGAAUGGAGUCACCACCACCACCUUCUGUGGGACGCCAGAUUACAUCGCACCUGAGAUCCUCCAGGAGCUGGAUUACGGUCCGUCAGUGGACUGGUGGGCGCUGGGGGUUCUGAUGUAUGAGAUGAUGGCAGGACAGCCACCGUUUGAGGCCGAUAACGAAGACGACCUGUUUGAGUCCAUCCUGCAUGAUGACGUCCUCUAUCCAGUCUGGCUGAGCAAGGAGGCCGUGUCCAUCCUGAGAGCGUUUAUGACUAAGAGUCCGAACAAGCGUCUGGGCUGCGUGUUGGCUCAGGGUCUGGAGGAGGCCAUCAAACUCCAUCCGUUCUUCAGAGAGAUCGACUGGACGCUGCUGGAGCAGAGGAAGAUCCGGCCGCCCUUCAAACCUCGCAUCAAAACCAAAAGGGACGUCAAUAACUUCGACCAGGACUUUACCCGCGAGGAGCCCGUCCUGACGCCGGUGGAAGACAGCAUCAUCAAGCAGAUCAACCAAGAUGAGUUCAAAGGAUUCUCCUACUUUGGAGACGAGACUGCGGCCUAGAUACAAACACACAAACAUGAAAUUCAUCACACUGCAGCACACUUACGAAAACCUUCAGAGACACAGUAUUGAAAGAAAACCUCCUGAACUGUGACCGCUCCAGGAAUUAUACUAGACCAUUUGUGUUCCUCAUUAUGUGCUCUUGUUGUUUGUGCAUAUUCCAUCGAACUCGGCAUGUAAGUGCAGGUCGGACGCUCUUCUAAUGGACAAAACCAGACUUCUCGGAGGGAAGUUUUGAAGUAAAUACACAGUCAGAAUGUUUGUGUGAGUGCGAGAGAGAGAAAUCUGAAUGUGUACAAGCGUGCAUGCAUGUGUAGUCGCGUAGAAUAGGAAGAGUCAUUUCUUUACACACUGUGCUGUAUCCUGUGUCUGUCUCUGUGUUUAACAAAUGUUUUUCUGCCCUAAACGUGUAUGUGAACGAAAAGAAAAAAAAGAUUGUAUUUAAAGAUUAAAACAAACAAAAGGAAAAAAAUGGUCUUGAAAAGUAAGAGACAAGAAAUCGAAUAAAUUUUUUUUUUUAUGUUAGAAUUUUAGUCUCAAUCGUUGUCGGUGCUUUGUUUUCAAUUUAAGAGGCAAAUUAAAAGAAGAGGCACCGUGAGAGCAACACUUUGGCAUUUUGAGUUUUGGUUUAUCUCAGCAGUUCUCCCUUCUUAUUUUAGCAUUUUAUAGAGCAUUCUUCAUUGAGAACCGAAUGGUACCAUUAGAUUGUUGCUAACAGACGUAGCGUAGCUCACCACUGAGACAGACAAAAGUCAGACAAAAAACAACAAAAACAAGACAAAAUAUUACAAAAAUGAGAUGCAAAAUGAUUGAAAUGAGGCACAAAACGACAAAAAAUGAGACAAACGAUACGAAACGAAACAAAAAAUCGAGAACUGAAUGGUACCAUUAGCUUGUCGCUAACAGACUUAGCGUAGCUCACCACUGGGAAUUGUUUUAGCUGUUUUUCACACGUUGUGAUACUUGACAACAUGUCCAAUAGCCAAAUGUUGAGCUGAAUUCUAAAAUGUCAAAUGAGCCCUUUCAAAACAUUUCCUUUAAUUCAAGUGCUUGUUACUGAAACUCGUCGGAACCUCGUGGAGUAAAGUCUAAGUCCCUGAAUAUCUUGGCGACCACUUUAUCGUUGAGCUGCCUUGUGUGUGUACAGAAACUGUUGGACUGGUUGAUGUACUGGACCUACGAACCAAACCCAGUGAUUCCACAGGAGAGUCGUGCACAGAGCAGUGUGUGACUGAAUGUGUUAAACUGAAUGUAUUUGCUCUGCAGUGUGUGUGUGUGUGUGUGCGCGUCGUCAUCGUGUUUUUUUGUUUUUUUUAAUUUAAAACGUUGUUGAGUUGUUUUUACUGGAUCUUGCUGAAAAUCUUUAGAUUCGACAGAUUUCAGCGAGACUCGCCCGGUUAGAGACGCUGACCGUCGUACUUCAGACCUUCUUCUUCCUCCUCCUGUGCCGCCUGAACAUGGUGGUAAAAUGAGCUUCAGAUUAGCAAACUGAGCUCGGAUGGAAACUUCUGAGGUGUUGCAGGUCAGCUUGGUGACUUUAUAGUGAACUGAAAACAUACAUCUUUAAGAAACUCCAUGUGCAAUACUCUGAAAGAGUUUUUACUUUAGUUGUUUAGAUCUUUUUGUUCUUCCUUUAUCUAUUUCCUUCUCAAUCACCCUUUUACUCGGACGCACAUUCAAAAAGAACUACUCGAGUUUCACUUUAGGGCACAUUUUGGUCAAUUAGCACCAGCCUCUGUUACAUUCAUAUGCAAUUAUCACGCAUUAGUGAGCAGUUUUUGGCAAAUAUGAUUUUAAAUACACUCGUAGAAGUAUAAGAACCUUGCAGAACCUUUUGGAGUUCCUCACCGUCGCCACUGUGGAAGAACACUUUGAGUUGGAAAUGGUUUCUUGAGGAACAUCACAGCAUUAUUGCUCAACGAACCACUUUUUGGUUUCCGUUUUGACAUCUUCUUCUUACUAUAUUGUCAUUUUUGUAUUAUUUAUUUUUUGUCCCCAAACAUUUAUUUAUUUAUUUAGAAAAUUAGGGACCUCAUCACUCUUGUUGUGAAUCAUUUGCACACAAAUCUGUCAGCAGAAAGUCAGAAAAGAUCCUCAUUUGGCCAAAUAUUCUAUUACAUUAUAUGCAUGUUACAGUAAUACAUGGUACUGAUUAUAGUAGGUUUCACUAAUCUGGUUUCACAGGCCCAAAUUUUAGUUAUUAGUAAUUCAGGAGACUGCUAAAGGAUUUAUAUAUGCAGUAAAAUGAAAAUCAUGGUGUCAAAAUUUAGAAAAACACAAACUUUGUUCUGAUGUUUAAGUUUUAGACAUGUUUAAAAGAAACCUUUUAACAUUUAUCCUUCAGUGUUAAACGAUUAUUAAUCAUGAGGAGAGAGAGACAGAAGCAUCAGAGCCAAAGUAACACAUUUUUAAAUAGGUUUAUUUUAUCGGGAAUCAACUAAAAAUGACUAAAUGGGAAAAUGCUGACUGUUGCAUCUGAUAAUCAGUCAACUCCUGCAUUAUAGGCAUGAAUAAUUAAAAAUAAAUUAUUCUAAAGUGUGUUUCACUCAAUUGCCACAAAUUACAAAGCAUUUAAUUUUGUCCUACGAACAACCAUGUUUUUGGUUUUAUUAGGUUUUUUCCUCUCUUUAAUUUCCAUCAAAUGUCCCAAGGAGAUUAUUAAUUUACUAUUAAUUUACUGACCAAACAAACCAACAAAGUGUUCCCAAACAGACAAAGCUGAGCUCCUCGACUACUAGUUGGAGCAAUUCUGAACUCUUCUCAGACUUUUUUACAGCUUAGUUCAUGCAAACUUCACAAUAAAUUGGAGGAAACGUGCAACAAACAGACUUGGCCAGCAUAUAAAUCUGAUCCAGACUGUGUUGAGGUUUGUUGAUGUUCAAAGUGAGAAUCAUUCUAGCAUCAACAAUUUUCUCAAUGGACCAUGGUGCCUAUUUCUUUACGUCUUAACCAGGUAGUUUUACCUGCCUGACCUGAAACAAACACACUGUGGAGAUUCUAGUAAAACAAAAUGAGGUGUCUUUCUGAAUAUUUUAUCAUUUCUGCAGCAGAAUUCCCUCCAGCUCGUGCUAAUAGUUGCAUAUGAAUGUAAACUAUGAGCUCUGUGGUUGAGUUAUGAGUAGAACAGUUGAUAGUACAACAGGCUGUACUGUACUGUACAUGUAGCAGUAAAAGCAUGUUGUAGCAGCAGUACUGGGAACAGAUUUAACAUCAUGUUGAUGCACAUCUUCUUUCUUCUUAAUGUGUCUCCUGUUGCAUCUUAGCUCAGCCUGUGAUUUAAAAACAUCAAACUGUUGGUCCCGCUACGACCCAACAGGGACGCCGUGUCCCAUAAGUCCUCCACGCUAAACUUCCAACUAAAACAUCCUCGGCGUAGGAAGCUCCUUUUCACAGCACUGACAGACGGAGAUAAAUUCACCAACACGGUGGCACGAGGUUGAUUUGAGACGAUGGAAACAGUAUUACGAUACUUAAAGUGUCAAACCUUCACCUUCCUCUUAGUCAUAUGCAGAAUCUGACUGUAUGUUUAAGUGUUUUUAUGGUUUUAUUUUGCAGUCUCUGUACUUGUGAAGCUUCGUCUGUACAGUUUUGUCAUCUGACCUGUGGUUUAGUUCAUUUAUGAAACCUCUUCCUGCCCCUCUAUGUGUCUUUAUGUUGAUAUUUUUUUAUUUCUUUUGCGCUAUGUGCCAAAUGUACUGUAUUUUAAAAGGAUGUGAGUUGUAUUUUAAUUUUUGAAAUGAAUUAAAUAUCAUGAUGUCAAAGAGAAA